AUGUUGAUGACACAGGCCAGAAGACAAUCAAGGAAGCGUGUUGAUACUCAGAAGAAGAAUGGUCCUAUGCAACGCGGUCAACAGAAGAUAAAACUUCUAAUGAACAAGCCGCGUGGUGUUUUACCACCUUUACCGCUUCCCUACCCUCCUCAAGUACAACUACAAAAAAUGGUGGCUAAACUUGCAUCAAAACCAAAGCUUGCGAGGUUUCCAAAUGCGUUCAUUAUGUACAGAAAUGAAUACGUUCAAUUUUUGAAGGCUAAAGGUCUUCAUCUUUCAAUGACAGAAUUAUCACCGAUGAUAGCGGCUGCCUGGAGGCAAGAGCCUGAAUAUGUUAAGGAUGCUUAUACCCGACUUUCAGGUGAUGCUGAAAAGUUAUAUGUUCGAAUGGCUGCCAAUGUACAACCAGAAAUUAAAUAUAAAUUUCCAGUACAACGUCAUCCUUCUUUUAAUGAAUAUACAAACGAUGAAAUUACAAUUAUGCAACACAAGGACAAUGAAAGAUCUAAUGACAACGUUAUCAAAUUUGGGAAUAGCGUUGCAUCUGAAUACAACCAACUUUUACAAUCAUCGUCUAUUCCUGAUUUGAAAGGUUUUCCUCGUGAUGUAAAUAAUGAUUCUAAUUCGAGGACUUUCUUGGAACGUUCGUCAUCAGCCUUUGAUGGUCGCGAUCUUUCUGUUAUCAAUGCAACCAUGAAUGCGCAAUCUUUUGAUCCAUCCUACAUGAAGCAAGAAAAUUGUUUUAUCCAGGAAGCUCCUUACAUUCCUUAUUCACAAAUUCCUAAUAUUAGCCCAUCAUCGUCUCGAAAUUCAUCGACAGAUUCAUUGUUAUGUGGCGAACUUAGGAUUCCAUCAUCCGAGGAAUUAAUUCUCGGAUCUUUGCCAUCGCCUGCUUUGACAAUACCUUGUUCAGAAUUUUCAUUUCCAUUCUCUCCGACUUGCAUUAAUUGCAGUAGACAUUAUUAUGAUCAACAAAACUUUACUGCGUUUGAAAGUGAAUCUUCGUCAGUACAAUCGUCUGAUUUCUAUCCUCUUUCACCCGUAUCACCUACCCUUACAUUUACUGAUGAAUCUCCCAUGCGAUCGCCAACAUUUAAUGAAUUUGAUAUCACGACAGAUUUGUACUAUGUUAUAGAUUCUGCACUUUCCUUUGGUCCUUACGGAACACCCACUUCCAGAAGUGUUUAA